AUGAAAAGAUUAAAUGUAGCAGAUAAUAAAGACACUGAUGUUCUCUUUACAUCGUCAAUAGACGCUUUAAAAAAGUUAUAUAAAGAUAAAAUCAAACCAUUAGAGACUCUUACAAGAUUUGGAGAUUUUCAAUCACAAGUAUUAACAGAUGCAGAUUUAGGUGCAAAACCAAUGGUAUUAUUACUUGGUCAAUAUUCAACUGGUAAAACAACUUUUAUUCAAUAUCUCAUAGAGCGUGAGUUCCCAGGUUCAUUUGUUGGAGCAGAACCAACAACAGAUAGAUUCAAUGCAGUAAUGUAUGGUCAAGAAGACCAGAUUAUACCAGGUCAUUCAGCUGUCGUUCAAGAAUCACUACCUUACAGAGGUCUUGAAAAAUUUGGAAGUGGGUUCAUGUCCAAGUUUCAAGCUUCAUUGUGUCCAGCACCAUUGUUGGAAAAGAUUAGUUUUAUAGAUACACCUGGUGUAUUGUCAGGUGAAAAGCAACGUAUUGGAAGAGCAUAUGACUUUCCCAGUUUGGUUUCAUGGUAUGCAGAGAGAUCAGAUAUGAUUCUCUUACUAUUUGAUGCUCACAAAUUGGAUAUUAGUGAUGAAUUCAAAUCUGCAAUUGAAAGUCUCAAAGGUUAUGACGAUAAAAUCAAAAUUGUAUUAAACAAAGCAGACAAGGUUAGUGCUCAACAGUUACUUCGAGUGUAUGGAGCUUUGAUGUUUAAUCUAGGUCGUGUUAUCAAGUCACCAGAGGUGAUGAGAGUUUAUUUAGGAUCAUUUUGGAAUGGAACCGGAUUACAAAAUCCAGAUACAGAGAAAUUAUUACAUGCAGAAAUGGUAGAUUUAAUUAAAGAAUUGUUAAUGUUGCCAAAGAAUGCUGCCAUUAGAAAGGUUAAUGAUUUGGUAAAACGUGCACGAACCACAAAAGUUCAUGCAUUGAUUGUAUCUCAUCUACGAAGUGAAAUGCCAGCUGUAUUUGGUCGUGACAGUAAACAGGCCGAGUUGAUCAAGAAUUUGGACAAGGAAUUCAACAAGAUGGAACGUAUCUAUGGCAUUCCAAGUGGAGACUUUCCAGAUGUUGAAAAGUAUAGAAGCAUUCUAAAGGUUCAAGACUUUUCAAAGUUCCCAAAACUCAAUCCCAAGAUGAUCGAACAAUUAGACGAGGUUCUCGCAGUUGACUUCCCAAAACUCUUGCAACGUUUCCCAAUUGACGGAUCACACAAGCCAACACAGUACGAAUUGAAUCCAUUUGCCAUUGACGAAGUUGACGAAUCGCUUCGUUGGACUCUAUUUGAACAUAUCGACCGUGAACUCUAUGCCCAAACCUUUGUUACACUCGGCCCUGUCGAUGGAAAGAUUACCGGUGCCUCUGCCAAGCCCAUUCUUCAACAAUCAGGUCUAUCCAACGACCUUUUGGCCAAGAUUUGGAGAUUAGCCGAUAUCGAUCGUGACGGAAAACUCGAUAGUGACGAAUUCUCACUUGCCAUGCAUCUUAUCAAUAGCUCAAUCAAGGGUUUCCCCACUCCAGAUCAAUUACCAGAGACUUUAAUUCCUCACUCCAAGCGUGGUGGAUAUGACAAUCAAAUUUCUGGAACAAAUCUUAAAAGAAGUGGUAGCGGAAAGAAAAAACUGUCAUUGUCCUCUACAUCUUUAUUUAAAUCUAAAUAA